CACUUGCUGUUACUGAUGUUGAAGUGUAUGACGUUGGAGAAAAAUCUUUCACUGUCCGAUGGAAUCGACCAAAAUCACUCUACGACAAUUUUCGUGUCGUUUUGUCUUCUGACGACAUAGAAGAUCGCAAAGAAUUUACCGAGAUGUCUUAUGUAAAAUUCACCGACCUCAUUCCUGGAGCAACAUACGAAUUGAAAAUAUUUGCCAUAUAUAAUGAAACCUCAAGUCAUGAAGUUACUGCGACUGCAACACUUUUUCCACUGGCACCAACAAACCUUGUGUCAACUGGUAGGACUUCGACGACUAUAUCUGUAAAGUGGAACAAAGCGAUUGGCAGAGCCGAUUCUUACCCGAUAGAAUGGACUCCCAUUGAUGGAGAAAUUUCAAUAAUCGAUGAAACAGCGACUCUGUCUGAUCUUAUUCCUGGUGUAACAUACGAUAUCAAAGUAUACGCAAAGAGUCAAAAUAACAUCAGAAGGUCUGAAGAGUCUGCUCAAGUAUCCAUAGAAACCGAGGAAGCUCUACCUGGAUCACCAAUAUUUCAAUCAAUAACAACAGUUGAUCCAACAUCCGUUGAUAUUUUUUGGUUGAAGACGCCCCAUCCAAACGGAAAAAUUCUGCAACACACUAUUAGAUAUAAACAAGUUUAUCCACAUUCGCAUGAAGAAUAUGCGUACAAGAAUUUCACAGCUACUGCUGAAAGUGGGAGAUUGGAAAGUCUGGACCCCGGUGCAUGGUAUGUAGUGCAUAUUCGUGCACAAAACUCAAAAGGACCCGGUGAUUGGACAAACGGUGAAUUUAUCAAGAAUUUACCAUCCCUACCAGGACCGGUAUAUAAUUUGACUGCCACUGCUGAAAAAUCACGGAGUCUUACAAUAACAUGGGAGACACCGGAACAACCAAAUGGGUAUAUAAUGCAAUACGAGUUAACUGUAAAAGACAAUAUGGACAAUGAAAUUGCUUCUGUGAUAUUUGAUCGAAAUUUGAGUGGAAAUCCGUUUGAGUGCUUCAAAGGACAACAACCAAUACCCAUAAAUUCGUUCUUACAAACACUGCCAACGAUCAAUGAUAGGCUGAUUACUGGAGAGAAAACCUUUGAAGCAAACUGUCCUGUAUCUUACAUGUUAGAGGACCUUGAAGCAUAUAGUUCUUAUCGAAUUUAUGUCGAAGCAUUCACAUCGAUUGGAAAAGGUAUCUCAGAGACGACAACGGGUAGAACACUUGAAGAAGCCCCAAGCGGUCCGCCACAAAAUAUUGUUGUGAAAAACGUUGGACCUACUUACCUAACGUUGGAGUGGAAUCCACCAGAUUUUCCAAACGGAGAAUUGACUUAUUCUGUUUCCUACUUUGAUCGGUCUGGGCUGGUCUUACGUACUACCACCAACUUAAGCUACUAUACCAUGGAAGAUCUUCGUCCUUAUGCUGUCUAUGCCAUUCAUUUGAUUGCUAAUACUAAAGCAGGCUCUUCAGAAUGGACCGAUUUCUUAUUGCUGAACACAACUCAGGAUGUUCCAAACAAGCCGGUUGAAUUGAGCGGUAAAGUGAUGAAUUCAAAGUCUGUUUAUUUGAGUUGGUAUCCACCAAGCGGUACACGAGGAAUAGUGACAAGUUAUCAAGUCGUCAUAUACGAUAUAGAUAAACAAAAGUCGUUGAGAACUGAUAUUGUGUACUCGAACGCUCGGAACAUAACAGAGCAACCAUCUUUAAGCCUGAACACAGGAGAAAAUGAGAACCUUCCACACUCAAGCGUCGUUCCUGAAGUCAUAGCUAAAAUUCAAGAACUCGAAAGCAAAAUAACUAUAGGAGUUAACGAAACAAUAAACUAUCUUGUGCAACAUUUGAACCCUUAUACCCUCUACGAGUUUCGAAUCAGUGCGGUAACUUCUGCUGGUCCGGGGAAUUAUUCAGCUACUCAGGUCAAAACAGCUGAAGACAAGCCUGGAUCGAAACCGACCAAUUUACGAUAUGAAAAUAUAUCAUCAACUUCUGUCAAUCUUACGUGGGCUGAACCAGAGAGUCCUAAUGGAGCAAUCGUGGCUUAUGAAGUUAUUUACAUUUCGGAGGAAAAAGAAUUGAGAUUCGAAGUUUUUGACACGACGUAUGCAAUAUUAAAGAAUAUGAAAAAAUAUUCUUUGUAUUCGGUAUUUGUCAAUUCAAGGACUUCAGCAGGACGAGGCCCACCGAGUGAAGAACUUGAAAUGCUUACUGAUGAAGAUGUUCCUGGAUCUCCACCUUUUAAUCUACGAUAUGUAAAUGUUACUCCAACUGUUGCAGAAGUUGAAUGGGACCCACCAUUAAUACCAAAUGGAGUCAUACAAUUUUAUACAGUUUAUUACAAAAAUGAAACCAAGGAAUAUUCUAGAAAAAGCAAUUCAACUGUUAUUUACUUGGAUGAUUUACGCGUGUACGGAGAGUACUGGGUUCAAAUCUCAGCGAGCACUCGAUAUGGAGAUGGAGGUCUUAGGAGUGAGCCAUUGUACGUUCAUACUGGUGAAGGGGAGCCGGGAUCACCUCCGCAUGAACUGGCGUAUAAAAAUAUGACGUCAUCAAGUGUUAUUCUGUCUUGGGAAAAACCUCUUGAACCAAACGGCAUAAUACAAUACUACGUCAUAAAGAUAUUGCACGACUCCUCUGAAGAAUACCUAAGACUUCAAACUGAAGGCGCUGAUACUGAAUUUGUGGUGGAAAAUCUGAAGCCAGAUAGUUCAUACACUGUUCUUGUACAUGCUCAUACAAAACAUGGCGACGGAGGGGUGGAAUCUGAUCCUUUGCAAAUACACACAAAAGAAGAUGCCCCUGGAUCACCACCCAAAAGCUUAUCAUAUAAAAACUUAUCUUCGACCUCUGUUGAAUUAUCGUGGAACGAGCCUGCUACACCGAAUGGACAAAUAGAAAAUUAUAUUAUUUAUUACAACGAUAAAAUACUUACUGUCACAGCAAGUGGAAGUUCGGUGAAAAUAAAUGUAGAUGACCUAGAACCGUAUACUACAUACGAGUUUAAUGUAUCUGCGAGUACAAAAGCCGGUGAAGGACCAACGACAUCUAUUACCGUGUACACUGAUGAAGACUCACCCACAUCAGCUCCACGAGACGUCACAUAUGUGCAGUUGUCGUCAACUGCAAUAACAUUGUCAUGGAAACCUCCCAGGAAACCAAACGGAAUUGUAACUGAAUAUUUGGUGGAAUAUUCAAUCGAGGAUAAUGUAUUCGAUUCUGUUACGUACGAAACAAAUGUUACCUUGUCGGAUCUACAAAAAUAUGCCACAUAUCUUGCCACAGUUACAGCGUUCACUCGAGUUGGACAAGGGCCGUCUAGUUCUCCGGUGAUAUUCCAGACGCUUGAAGACGCACCAAGUGAUCCACCGCGGAAUGUGACAGCAAUAUCUGAGGAAUCAACAUCAAUGUUUGUGUCUUGGGAACCACCAAUGCAACCAAACGGAAUCAUUCAGUUUUACACAGUUCUCAUUGGCGACGGGGAAAACAUACACAAGAAAAAGGUAAUUAAUGCUACUUCAACAGUUGUUGAGAAUUUGAAAAUAUAUACUUGGUAUAACGUUUACGUUACUGCAAGUACAGCGCUAGGUGACGGCGGUAAAAAGAGUGACGUCAUCAGAUCCAGAACAAAAGAAGGAGGAUUUUACAGAUAUCGAUUUCGUAGAGACGUACAUCGAAUCCCAGACACAUCGGUAAACAAUUUGGAAGCGUUGCCAGUAAAUUCAACGUCAGCUUCCAUUUCUUGGUCUCCACCUGAUCGUGUCACAGGCAUUCUUUCCUAUGUUGUUGCCGUUUACAAGAAGAAUGCUGACGACUCUCCAAUAUUUUAUACUGUGAUUCCUGAUAAUAAAGUUUUCAUCGACUAUUUAGAGCCAUACACAAAUUACAUGGUUAGCGUCACUCCUGUUGUAGAAAAUGUGAACGAAACUGGCCCAAUUGCAGAAGUACAAUUCCGAACUUUAGAAGAUCGACCAUGGUUACCAGUAGCAGAUUUAAAUGCAGUAAAUAUCACAAGUACUUCUGCUGUUUUAACCUGGAAAGCGACUGAAAAACCAAACGGAGUUGUGAUCUUUCAUAUUAUUGACGUACCAAAAGAAAAAGUCAAUUUUGAAAUACCAGCUGAAACACCAGAACCAACUUCAAGAUAUGAAUUCACUGUUAAAAAUUUGCUACCGCACACAUCAUACGUUGCAUUUGUGGCUCCUAAGACUAAAGUCGGAACAGGCCCAAAGGAAUCAAUUCAAUUCACAACAUCAGAAGGACUACCAGAAGAUUUUGCGACCAAUGUUGAAAUUGACACAAUCACCUCAAAUGAAGCAAGUAUAACUUGGAAACCUCCGUCAAAGCCAAAUGGACGAAUAGUAACAUAUAAAAUAGUGUAUUACGAACUUGCAGACGACAAUAAAGUAGAUCAUGAAACGGAAAAAUUUGUUAUUUUGCCAACACCCGAAACCCACUAUACACUUGAAAAUUUGCGAGCUUUCACGACGUAUAAGCUAAUUAUCUUCAGCGCUAACUCGGCUGGAAUUGGCCCAAUUCACAGUCUUCCGGAAUUUUUCACAACUCUUGAGGACGUGCCCGCUGCACCAAUACUCGAAUGUAAUCCCUUGAAUCAAAACAACAUCAUCUUGACUUGGGAACCUCCGAAUAAUCCAAAUGGAAAUAUACUUUCUUACAAAAUAAACUAUUAUCUGGAAGCAAAACCAUCAGAUAAAAUGAAUAACGUUACAAAUGGAGAUGAAGAUUCGUACAUUGCAACGGGAUUGCUUCCUUUUUCGUAUUACAUAUUUGAAUUACAAGCUGAAACGAAGCCAGGAAUUGGGGAACCAGCGUCAUGUCGUGUUAGAACUGGCGAAGGAUUUGCUGAUCCACCCAAAGCAAUCCAUACUACAAAUAAAACAAGCACAUCACUAUCAGUGAACUGGAUGGAGCCAGAUCAGUUCAAUGGUCAACUUUUGCAUUAUGCUGUUUUAUACCGACCGCCGCAUUACUGUUGGAAAAACUUGGGAUCGGUGGUAACAGUGUCUGACAGAGAGGUGUGCAAUUUGAAGUCGGCAGAAACAACAAAAACAAUAUUCUACCUGGAAAAUUACUCUAUAUAUACUGUCAGCGUGGCAGCUGUCACUGGUGCCGGUCUGGGCAAAGUUGGUCUUGAACGCACUUUUAAAACAUUAGUGGGAGCACCAUCAUACCCACCUCGUAAUGUCAAAGGUCAUGCAAUUUCUUCGACUGCAAUAAAUGUAACGUGGACAGAACCACUGGUGCUGGCUGGACCAACUACUUACCAAAUUGUUGUGAAACUUGGAGAAAAAACUAUAAAAGAAAGCGACGAAUAUCCGUCGGAAAUUUCAGAGGUCACAGUCGCUGAUUUGGACAAAGAUACCAGAUAUGCUGUGUCUGUAUCUGCAAUUACAUCUGCUGGGAAACUGAGCUCAGGCAACACAAUGAUUAGAACGGACGAAGACGCACCUUCUGAUCCCCCUGUCUUGUUGCGAGUGAAUACCACUGACGGUAACACAUCAACAGUACUCGUUGAAUUUCUGCCGCCCGGAGAUCCAAACGGAGCAAUUUACGAAUACAAUCUGCAAUACAAAAGUGAAAAAGCUAAUCAUAACAUGACAAUUCACAUUCUUGAUGCGGAUCUCCCUUAUACGGGAGAACCAGUUACUAACACAUCUCCACACUGGAUGAUUGUGACUGGUCUUCUCGGUGGCCGGAAUUAUUAUUUCCGAAUGAAUUCUGCGACUCAAGAAGGAACUGGACCGUGGUCUGACUGGUCUGGCCCGAUUCUUCUACCCGUAAACUCACCACCGGUUCCCAACGUUACUCUAGUGAUUACAUCAUUUGGGGAGAAAAAUAAAGCCUCUUCGUCAAAGCUACUUGUUGAUAUUUGUGGAGUGUUUUCGGAUGAAAAUGGACCUUUAGAAAACAUCACUAUAAUUGUUGCCGAAGAUGAAGGCAAAAUAGACAAAGAUCCAACACAUUGGUUUGAAGCUUACUAUAUGAAACCGUCUCCUCCCUAUAUGGUUAGAGCCACCAGCAAUCCUGUUGAGUUUUGUAGUCCUGAUGGUCAAAUCUCGAAGUCAACCAGAAAACGACGUUCGAUAGCCGAGGCUCCAAAAUUUGUGUUAGGUAAUGAUCAAACUUGUGAAACAACGAAGAAACCGUAUUGUAACGGUCCACUGAAAUCCAACACACCACUCAAACUAAGAGGCACGACCACAAAUGGAGAAUAUACAGAAACAGAGUUUUCCGAUCCCGUUCGUACUCGUUCAUCAUUUCUGGAAGCAAAUAUGUAUCUGAUUGUUGGACUUGUCGUUGGAAUAGUAGUUUUUGUUCUAUUUGUAAUCAUACUGGUUUGUGUGAUAAGGAAAAGAUUGACCCAGCAAAGUCUGAACGAAUCUCAAAGAAGUGAUCGAUCAUCAGGAUCAUUAAAUAAACGAGCAACUUCAUCUUUACCUGCUUCUCCUCACAAUAUGUCCUUCGUGAUGGAACCGACCAAUGUCAAAAGAAAGAAGUCAAUAACACGGCCAGUGUCGAAAGCACACUUUCCCAAUCACGUGACAAGAAUGUCUGCUCACAAUGAUAAAGGAUUUGCCUCAGAAUUUGAAGAAAUUGAAUCGGUCACACCGUUUGGACCAAAAACCAUUGGCAGUCAGGCGUGUAACAAAUCGAAGAAUAGAUUUGCUGAGAUUAUACCAUACGAUCAUUACAGAGUGAAAAUUGAAAAUCUGGGAUCGACAGAAAGUUCUGGAUACAUCAACGCAAGUUAUAUUCCCGGUUCAAGUACACCGGAACAAUACAUUGCUACUCAGUCACCACUGGGACAUACCAAGAAUGAUUUGUGGAGAAUGAUCUGGGAAACAGGAGCAAAAAGAAUAAUAAUGCUUGGAAAUGUGGAUCUCGAAGGAAACGAUCAUUGUACAAAGUACUGGCCGAAUACUUCGCAGACAACAUAUUAUGGCAACUUGUCUGUACAGUCGUUGCAUGAAGAAAGACAGCCCGAAUGGACGAUCAGAAACUUUACAAUUUCAAAGAGAGACAAAAGACGACAAUUGACCCAAUAUCACUUCACAAUGUGGCCAGUAAGAGGAGUGCCAGACAAUCCCCAACCGCUCGUGAGGUUUCUGCAAACGUUUCGUAUGGGGAAGCCAGUGGGUGAUAGCCCUACAGUCGUCAUGUGCAGUACUGGAUCCGGCCGCACAGCGGUAUUCAUUGCAUUGGACAUCAUAAUGGACACUAUCGACAAAGAAAUCAACAUCGAUCCGUGUGGAGUUGUAGCUGAUCUCAGAAAUUAUCGUCCAUAUAUGAUUCAAACGGCUGCUGAAUACUCAUUUCUGCAUCGUUGUCUGGCGUACGUUUUGACAAGCGUAUCUUCGGAAAAGUCUUCUGUGAGAUCUCCCACUGGUGACGGAGAAGAAACCACAAUGUUUUGAUUUGCGCCAAAAUUUUCAAAGUCUGCAUUCGUGUCAGGGUCCCAAUUUGUGUAAAACAGAUUUCAGGUGAUGGAUAUGAUAUGAUGAUAUGAUGGAUAAAAAUCUUACUUUCGGAACAUUGCCGCUUUACUUCGGGAUUUCACAUAUUUGUACAUAUUCGAAAAUUUGAUGGCUCUUUGCACACGUAGUAGUUAGAAUGCUUGCAUAAACUGCCUAAGAUGAUUUUCUAAUGAAUUUUUUUUAUUUUUAGAUUUUUGAAUAAAAGUAGAAUGAAUGUACACUGUACAGUAUCAAUUUUUGCUCAUCCAUAUUCAUUUUAUUUUGAGUAUCUUUCAGAAAAUGCCUGGAAUGAAACAUACAUUGUACAGGUGUAUUGAAAGAUUUAAAUUUUACUGUAAAACUGUAUAGAAACUCACUGUUUUUUACACAGUCAAAUUUUCUUCACGGUACUCGUAUGAUCAAUCCAUUUUCACCUAUUAUGAUUUAUUGAUUGUAACAGUCUAGACGUAAAAAUAGUAUAAUACGGAUUUCAACUGUUAUCAAAUAUAUUCGAAACCGGGCCCACGUUCAUUCAAUGCGCGAUUGUUGUCUACCCUUGCAGUAAAAAUAAUGCAGAUGUUUAGUUUUCAUUUGCAAUUGUUAUGAACUAUAUAUACAGUACGUUAUACUGUAAUAAGGAGGCUAGUCCGUUUAUUGCGUUUACUUACUAAUGCGUUUACUUACACAUAUUUGGCUGAAAUCUUGUAGCGUCGUAAAGAUUUCACUAUGAAACUCGACGUGUUAUAACUCACAGACGCAUCUAACGUAGAGCAUAUUAUAUUCUCUCACAUUCAUUAAGUCAUCUGUAGCUGAAAAGAAAACAUUUUGUUUCAAUUUGAUGUGCUGGGAGAGAAAAAUAACUUUCAGUGUUUGUAAGAAAUAACUAAAUUUUUCACCACUCAUUUUAGAAAUAUAUAUAUUCCAAUGUAACACCGUGGUGCUUUUAUUUGAGAAACUUUUACUGAAUAGCAGAAAAUGUGGUAGAAUUAGUGCUCUACUUUAAUGACAAUUUAAAA